AUGAAUACGGCUCUCGUGAGAUCUGAUUCAGCUUGGAAUGCUUCGACGCGUCGAGCGGGACUGGGUUGGACAACUCGAACCAGAAACCAGAGGACCUCAUCUACGGACACAGUAGACCAUGUUAGCUCACCACUUCUGGCGGAAAGCCUCGCGCUCCGUGCUGCAUUGACUGAAUGCCGAGAGAUGCAUGUGAGGGAUUUGAGAUGUGAAGCGUAUUCUUCCCAACUCAUCAGAGCAGUAACUUCGAACUCCAAGUCUAAAGAGAUUUACGGCAUUGUAGCCGAUAUUAAGAGCUUGGCUCUUUCUUUUGUUGUAAUUUCUUUCUGUUGGAUCCCUAGACAAAUGAACAGUGAGGCUGAUCUCUUGGCAAAGCAGAGUUUAUCUGCUAACCAAGUUAAUAGGGUCAUAACUACUGCCAACCAACUUUAUGAUGAUUAA